UCAGCUGUAGCUUAGCUGUGAAGUUCGGCAGAAUCUGUAAUGACACAUGCACCUGCUCGGUUAGCUCAUAUCGGUUCUGGCUUCAACUGAGUGGAGGAGGGAAAAAAACGAUUGGAUACAGAGCGCCUGACUAUCUCAAUACGUUCGGGGGAGUCCGGGAAGUGUGCCAUACGGGAACUGUCCCUUUUCUUGCUGAAACGGCUGGUCGCCGGGUACCGUUUACAGGUGGUCCUUUGUUUCAGUUCAGAUCAGUUUAACUGGGACUUUGGUCAGACCAGACUUAUGUCCAACUUUUACCCUCCUAUAAAAUCCUAUGUUGCCUGUGCUUUGACAAGUCGGACCUGAGGCUGGUAGUGCAUUUAAAAACUUUUCCCGUGUUUCGCUUAGUUAUCGUAAUUUUCUACCCAGAAGAAAUGGCAUCAAAUGAUGGUCAAUUACAAAGUGCACUAAGACCACCGCCACUAUCUGCUCCAAUUCCAGUUGAAAAAGAUGCUGAUUACUACAACAUGGAACACAAAGAGCGUGGGCUUGCUUUGAUCUUCAACCAUGAGAAUUUUGAGCCUAAUCUCAAAUUAAAAUCCCGCUCUGGUGGAUCAGAGGACUGUAAAAAGUUAAAACAAGUCCUGGAAAUCUACAGCUUUAAAGUUCAAGUUCAUUCUGACCUCACACAUAUUCAAAUCAUUGAAGUUAUUAACAAAGUCGCCAAGGAAAACCAUAAAGAUAGAGAUGGUAUUGUUGUGGCAGUGCUCUCUUAUGGACAGAAGGGGAAUGUUUAUGCCAAAAAUUGCACCUAUAAUCCUGUAAACCUCUGGAAACCAUUUGCUGCAGACAAGUGCCCCACUCUGGCUGCCAAACCCAAACUAUUUUUCAUUCAGGCAUGCCCAGUUGACAAUUCCAAUGCUGCUAAUCCAUGGAAAACAGAGCCUGACUCUGUUUUCCUUUCUUACAAAAUUCCGGUUCACUCAGAUUUUCUGAUUGCUUAUUGCACGUGUAUUGAUUCAAGGUUCAUGCAAGCUUUUUGCAAGGAGUUGGAAGGAAAUGGUUCUGUAUGCGAUAUUCUCGCUAUCCUCUCAAUUGCUAAACAACUUGUUUCUGAAAAUCCAUACAUUAUAUGCCAACUGACAAGAAUUGUGAAAUUAACACGGAAAACACAUCACUCUGAGUUAUCGACUCUCAAAGAUGACCUAUCUGAUGAUAAAUCCAAGUCAAAUACAACAGUCAAAGUAAAACUGUUAAAACAGCUUACUACUCUUAAGCUUAUUCAGGGCUCUAUUAAUGAAAAUCUUGAGCAAUUUAUUGAGUUAACAUCACAAUUGUCUGCAAUAGAAAAGUUCAAUGAUGGGAUGAAGGUUUGUUUUCUGUUAAUGGCUCUACCAGAGACCUUGGGGUCCAUGAAGAUUGACAUAGAAGAGAUGAAUAUUCCUGAUGAAAUGAAAUACCAGAUACUUUUGAAGGAACUUAAAGUUUUGGGUGAGAAAGAAAAACUGAACGGCAGUUCAUCUGUGUUGGCAAAGGGGAAUCAGCCGUUUUCUCUUAUUCAUCCACCGUCAUCUAAUUAUAGCCUAAGUAAUGACCUAGAUGAUGACAUGGUCCAGAAGCAGUCUGACUCAAACAUUUCAUCCCCUAGCUCUACCUCUUCCCAACCUCCUGACCCCUUCCCGCCUCCCUCUUCCCUUGUUUUCUCACCUAAUGAAAUUGACGCGGAAAGAAAAGUACCUCCUUUUCCUGAGGAGGAUGAAUCAGAUGAUUCUUCUGAAAAUGACUCAAUUUUUCCACUACAUAUAAAAGAACACCAGAAAUAUAAUAUGGACUUUCGACCAAAAGGGCUUGCCCUAAUAAUUGCCAAUGAGACAUAUCAGAUUCCUGGGCUUCCUAUUCGUAAAUGUUGUGAUGCAGACAUUAAAUUGUCAGUAAAAUGCUUCAAGAACUUGGGCUUUGAUGUGAGAACAUUGAAAGACAUGGAAAAGAAAGAAAUUAUAGAUCAUCUUGAAGCUGUAAGCCAAGAAGAUCAUUCCGAGAGAGGUUCUUUAGCGAUUAUUGUAUCAACACAUGGUUACAAUGACAAUCACAUUUAUGCCUCUGAUGGUACUUACCAUAUAAAGGAAUUGUUUAAACCCUUCCAAACUGCAAAAUGUGGCACACUGGCAGGAAAACCAAAACUAUAUUUCAUGCAGGUAAUGAAAAACAAGGAGGAAAGAAAACACAAAAUUUAUUUUGUGUGAAUACUGGUACUCGUUCUUUACAUAGUCCCUGUUACACUUGGUGCCGUUUAGUAAGGACGAGUAGUUUUCUCAGUGCCGUGUAUUUGUAAAA